UAUGAGUGGUAGAGAUGGUGAACCAUCUGGAUCGAAACCUAUUAUCAUUCAAUUUGAAGGAGCAUUCAAUGCAGGAAUUACGCUUACAGAAUCGAAUUAUGACGUAUGGUCUCAACUAAUGGAAAUGCAUAUUGCUGAAAGAGAAAAGCUUUCCUAUAUUCGGGGAAAAAUAAAACCACCUGCUGAAUCAGAGGAUGGGUAUGAAAAGUGGUAUGCUGAAAACCAAAAGGAAUUGGAUCACAAAGACAAAGUGGUCAUGAAGGAUCCUGAUGAUGUGGUUGCGUACCAAAAAUCUAUUGAAUGACUACGGGUGCAUAUAUUUUUAGCUGGACUGGAUGAUCACUUUGAGCAGGUUCGCGGAGAAAUCCUACGUCAGGAGU